CUAAACUAAACCGUGUCAAUCCAUUCUACUAAUUUUGAUCUACUUUCACCUCUUCAUUAAUGUCAAGUCCAGGGGCGACAGGUAAUGCAGCGGAUAGUUCAGGAGCUACCGUAUAUAUCAUUGUGAUAGUAGUGGUCGUUGUUGUAAAAGUAUCCAUCUUAGUAUACGUAUGCCAUAAAAGAGAGCAAACAGGAAGCAACAACAAUGUUUACCCAGACUCUCAGUUUUUGACACUAACCAUGGAUAGAUUCCUCAACGACAUGGAAAGGGAGAAGCCCAUCAGAUUUACCUCCCAGCAGCUACGCAUUGCCACCGAUAAUUUCACCAACUUACUAGGUUCGGGUGGCUUUGGAGCUGUUUAUAAAGGAAUCUUUAGUAAUGGAACCAUGGUGGCUGUCAAAGUCCUGUAUGGAAAUUCUGAUAAAAGGAUAGAGGAACAGUUCAUGGCGGAAGUGAGUACAAUCGGAAGAGUUCACCAUUUUAAUCUGCUUCGACUUUAUGGCUUCUGCUUCGAGAGGAAUCUGAGAGCUCUUGUAUAUGAAUACAUGAAAAAUGGUUCACUCGACAAGUUCUUAUUCGGUGAGGACAAGAAACUGGGUUUCCAACGGCUUCAGGCCAUCGCAGUUGGCACUGCCAAAGGCAUUGCUUACUUGCAUGAAGAAUGCCAGCAGCGGAUUAUCCACUACGACAUAAAACCAGGGAAUAUUCUCUUGGAUGCCAAUUUCUUCCCUAAAGUGGCGGAUUUCGGAUUGGCCAAGCUUUGCAACAGGGAUAACACUCAUGUCACAAUGACCGGAGGAAGGGGCACUCCGGGAUAUGCAGCACCUGAGCUCUGGAUGCCAUAUCCUAUUACACAUAAAUGUGAUGUUUACAGCUUUGGGAUGCUACUGCUUGAGAUCAUUGGGAAGAGAAGGAACCUUGACAGGAACCUUCCCGAAAGCCAAGAAUGGUUUCCGAUGUGGGUGUGGAAAAAGGUUGAGAGUGGAAGCGUUGUUGAGUUGAUGAUGGUGUGCGGAGUAGAUGAGGAGGACAGAGAUAUGGGGGAGAGAAUGGUGAAAACAGCUUUGUGGUGCAUUCAACAUCGGCCGGAUUCUAGGCCUUGGAUGAGCAUGGUGGUGAAAAUGUUGGAAGGAGCAACGGAGAUUCAUUCCCCUCCAAAUCCUUUUGCAGCAUUUUUGUUGGAAUCCGGUGCCCCUAAUAAGAAUAAUUCAACUCGCACAACGUGGACCGAUACCUCUUGUGAUUCGGGAUUGUCAAGUUCUAAUCUAAUAUGUGCGACUCCUGUAAUGAGACAAUAUGGAAUUGAAAUGGCCUCCUCCUAGCCAAUUAUCUAAUGAAACCCAGUCUCGCUAUUUGUGUCACUCUUUAAGUCUCUUACGAAUUAACCCUCAAGUCCAAUGUAAUUAGAUAGAAAUGGUAGCUUUCAAGUAAUUAUUGCUGUCAUAAACUACAAGUUUAGAGCAGUAUUUGUGCUUUCAA